GCGAGAGCGGCGCUUGAUGACGUGAGGGGAGGCGGGGCGCGUCGUGGGCGCCGGCGGGUGCGUUUGAAUCUGGUCCGAGCGCGGGAAGCUGGGGUCCCGGAACCCAGGGUUACAAGAUAAACGCCAUUUGAAUGUUCCAUCUGCCAUGGAAAAACGUGAGACAUUUGUUCAAGCGGUGUCUAAGGAGCUGGUUGAAGAGUUUUUGCAAUUUGUUCAACUUGAUAAAGAUGCCUCUGACUCUUUCAGCCUAAAUGAAUUACUAGAUGAAUUAUCAAGAAAACAUAAAGAAGAAUUAUGGCAAAGGCUGAAGAAUUUAUUGACAGAUGUGUUAUUGGAAAGCCCAGUGGAUGGUUGGCAAAUAGUGGAAGUCCAGGAUGAAGAUAAUAUGGAAACAGAGCAUGCCUCAAAAAUGAGAAAAAAAAUAGAAAUAAUUCAUGCAAUUACAUCCGUGAUUCUUGCUUCUGUAUUUGUAAUAAAUGAAAGUGAGAACUAUGAAGCCUUACUGGAAUGUGUUGUUAUAUUAAAUGGUAUUUUAUAUGCAUUACCUAAAUCUGAACGAAAACUACAAAAUUCCAUUCAGGAUUUGUGUGUUACAUGGUGGGAGAAGGGCCUGCUUGCCAAAGAAGACAUGGGAAAGACAGCUUUUGUCAUGUUACUAAGGAAGAGUCUUGAGACUAAGACAGGUGCAGAUGUAUGUCGGCUUUGGCGUGUCCAUCAAGCUUUAUACUGCUUUGAUUAUGAUUUGGAGGAAAGCAGAGAAAUUAAAGAUAUGCUACUUGAAUGCUUCAUAAAUAUCAAUUUUAUCAAGAAAGAAGAGGGAAGAAGAUUUCUUAGUUCUCUCUUCAGUUGGAAUAUAAACUUUAUUAAAAUGAUCCAUGGUACUAUUAAAAACCAGUUACAGGGAUUACAAAAGUCUUUGAUAGUAUACAUUGCAGAAAUUUAUUUCAGAGCUUGGAAAAAGGCUUCAGGGAAAACACUGGAGGUAAUCGAAAACGACUGCAUCCAGGAUUUCAUGUUCCAUGGGAUCCAUCUUCCACGGAGGUCUCCAGUGCAUUCCACAGUGCGGGAGGUGCUGAGUUACUUUCACCAUCAAAAGAAAGUUCGGCAGGGAGUGGAAGAGAUGCUUUACAGAUUAUACAAACCCAUCCUUUGGAGAGGAUUAAAGGCCAGAAACUCUGAAGUUCGAUCAAAUGCUGCAUUACUGUUUGUUGAAGCAUUUCCUAUUAGGGAUCCAAAGCUUCAUGCUAUUGAAAUGGACAGUGAGAUUCAGAAACAGUUUGAAGAACUCUAUAGUCUUUUAGAAGAUCCUUAUCCAAUGGUCCGUUCCACAGGGAUCCUUGGUGUCUGUACAAUAACUUCCAAAUACUGGGAAAUGAUGCCCCCGACCAUUCUUAUUGAUCUCCUGAAGAAAAUAACUGGGGAAUUGGCAUUUGAUACAAGCUCAGCUGAUGUUCGUUGUUCUGUCUUUAAGUGUCUGCCGUUGAUUUUGGACAACAAACUGAGCCACCCGUUGUUAGAGCAACUUUUGCCAGGUCUCAGAUACAGUCUCCAUGACAAUUCGGAGAAAGUGAGGGUAGCUUUUGUGGACAUGCUGUUGAAGAUCAAGGCUGUGCGGGCCGCUAAGUUUUGGAAUAUAUGUCCCAUGGAGCACCUUCUGGUUCGGCUGGAAACUGAUUCCCGACCUGUGUGUCGGCGCCUGGUGAGACUCAUCUUUAACUCCUUCCUGCCUGUGAAUCAGCCGGAGGAGGUCUGGUGCGAGCGCUGUGUUACGCUGCUGCAGAUGAACCACGCCGCCGCCAGGAGGUUCUAUCAGUAUGCGCAUGAGCACACGGCCUGUACCAACAUAGCAAAGCUGAUUCAUGUUAUUCGCCAUUGCUUAAAUGCCUGCAUCCAGAGGGCAGCUAGAGAGCACCAGGAGGAGGAAGAUGGAAGAGGGAAGGAGAACACCAGUGUUCUGGACAAUACACUGUCAGUAAACGAUGUUGCAUCCAUGGCAGGUUUACUAGAAAUCAUUGUUAUUCUCUGGAAAAGUAUUCAUAAAAGUAUGGAAAAUAAUAAAGAGGCCAAGGUUUACACCAUUAACAAGUUUGCCUCUGUACUUCCUGAGUAUCUGAAAGUAUUUAAGGAUAAUCGCUGCAAGAUCCCUUUAUUCAUGCUAAUGUCCUUUGUGCCAGCAUCUGCUGUCCUUCCAUUCAGCUGUGGUGUGGUUUCCACUUUGAGAAGCCAGGAGGAGGGCACUGUGGACAAGAGCUACUGUACUCUGCUAGAUUGUCUGUGCUCCUGGGGGCAGGUGGGACAUGUUCUGGAGCUCGUAGAUGACUGGCUGCCCGCAGAACAUCCCCAGGCCAAGAGUAAUGCAGCUUCUAAACGUAAAGUGCAGAUCCAUGAUACGCGCCCAGUGAAACCUGAACUGGCAUUGGUUUACAUAGAGUAUUUGCUGACCCAUCCAAAGAAUCGCGAGUGCCUGUUAUCUGCUCCCCGGAAGAAACUUAACCAUCUUCUGAAAGCACUUGAAACAUCAAAGGUAGAUCUAGAGUCACUUCUGCAGACACCAGGUGGGAAGCCACGUGGCUUCAGUGAAGCAACUGCCCUGCGUGCCUUUGGUCUCUACUGUCGUCUGAGUAUUCAUCUGCAGCACAAGUUCUCCUUGGAAGGAAAAGUUUAUUUGCCCAUUUUGGAAGACAUUGGCUUUUGGUUGGAAAGCAAAGUUUUAUCUUUUAUUCAAGAUCAAGAAGAAGAGUAUCUGAAGCUUCACAGGGUCAUUUAUCAGCAAAUUAUCCAGACCUACUUGACUGUGUGUAAAGAUGUUGUUAUGGUUGGCCUUGGUGACCAUCAGUUUCAGAUACAACUUUUACAGAGGAGUCUUGGAAUCAUACAAACAGUGAAGGGAUUUUUUUAUGUUUCAUUACUUCUUGACAUCCUGAAAGAGAUAACUAGAAGUUCCUUGAUUCAGAAAACAGAUUCUGAUGAAGAAGCUGCAACAGUAUUUGACACAGUCCAGAAAGUAUUUCAGAAAAUAUUGGAGAGCAUUGCACGGAGCUUCAAGAAACAACCAGAAGAAGGCCUGCGGCUCCUUUAUUCUGUUCAGACGCCUCUUCAUGAGUUUAUAACCACCGUUCAGUCUUGGCACACGGACACCCCUGUGCACCGGGGCAUACUUUCUACUCUCAUUGCUGGGCCUGUGGUUGAGAUAAGUCACCGGCUACGAAAGGUUUCUGAUGUGGAAGAGCUUACCUCUCCAGAGUGUCUUUCUGAUCUUCCACCAUUUUCAAGGUGUUUAAUAGGAAUAAUAAUAAAGUCUUCGAACGUGGUCAGAUCAUUUUUGGAUGAGUUAAAGGCAUGUGUGACUUCUGAUGACAUUGAAGGCAUUGUGUGCCUCACAGCUGUUGUGCAUAUUAUUUUGGUUAUUAAUAAAGGUAAACAUAAAAGUUCAAAAGUAAAGGAGGUUGCAGCCACUGUUCACAGAAAACUAAAGACAUUCAUGGAAAUUACUUUGGAAGAGGAUAGCAUUGAAAGGUUUCUCUAUGAAUCAUCAACAAAGACUUUGGGAGAACUUUUGAAUUCAUAAUCAAGCCAGCAUCUCCAGACAUAUAAAAACAGAGGGAAAGGACUCAGAAAAUAAAAUGCUUGCAUAUUUUUCUAGUGUUUUUAAUAUUAAUAAACCAUAUUAAAGGGGAAGGGUGGGACUUUUUUGGGGGGGCGUUGUGAGUAGAGAACUCAAAAGUUCUUAAAUGUUUGCCAGGUUACCUGCACAAAUAAUAUCAAGGACUCCAGGUAUCAAUGAUACAGAAAUCCCUGAUGCAAAGAAAAAGAUACUUGGCUAGCGAAUCUGGUUGUUUUUAAAAUGACUUUUAUAUAUAUAUAUAU